AUGACCACGAUCAAUCUGGAUGAAAUUAUUCCAUACGAACCCCCUAUUACCAACCUCCCCGAUGAGCCGAAGCCGCCACGAGCUCCUAGUCUCACGCCUUCAUCAACUGCUGGAUUCAAUCCAGCCUAUUCUUUCCCGCCCUGGUCUAGCUGGGGCUCCAGAGUUUUUCAGGCCCAGUCACCUCACCCGCAGAACCUCCAUGGCAGUGUGACAGAGGUACCCAAUUUCAAUUCUGGGAGCGGUGACUGCGGAUCAGGCUCGGGCCGUGAGCACUUGGAAGUACGUGGACAAGGGCAUUGUAGCAUCCCCACGACGCGAACUGAUUGUGAUAACGUAUCGACAUCCCAUUUGACAAAAGACGAUGGGAUAGUGGAGCACCCGGAUGCCGAACGUAAGAUGGAUAUGGACAACCGGGGCAUCCACAAUGACUCGCACUACAAAAGUACUCAGGAAAGUACUCAGGAAUCUGCUUCUUGGGGCCCCAAUGCGCCUAUGCCUAUUGAGUCAUCACCACAUUGCCUCAAACUUGGGCACACAUCUCUGCGCAACAUGCGCAGUCUACCAGGUCCAGCAGAAGUAGGUACCGAACGAACAACCGGAUUAUCUUCAAAAGAUCAAGCCAACAGCCAGGACGACCUGGCCCAACACAAAGGGAGCAAUGUUGAGAUAACGCCUGAUCUCACGACGGUUGGCGAUAAUCGUGCGGCUGUUGGAAAUCCAGAGCCUUGCAAUUCUCCAGACGUAAAGGCGCUCUGUGACAUCCAGCCAGCCAAGGAUGCCUUGAACUUUCAAAGAGAAGUCUCGAGAGACGUUGCGGAGGCCGAGAAUAGAGACAUUGCACCCGUCACUGGGGACAAUCAAGAGAACAAUGAACUACCCACAGAAGAGACAGCGCCUUGUGAUAAAGAACGCAGGCGACUGUCUAUCGACGAGUCUUGUGCGGCUUUUCCAGAUAGUAUGAGCUUGGCCCGUCCAGUUUCGCCACCAGUGCGAACCGGCGAGAGAAGCUCACCACCGGAGUCCCCACAAGAGAUUACAGACGAUUCUACUCGGCAAAAGCGCACAGUGACUCGAGACGACGGGCGUUCAAGAAGUCAGUCGCACCAAACUUUCGCUUCAAGACAGCAAAACAGCUGUGUGGGCAAAAGAAAACUCCUUUCCAAUAUUGCCUCGGAUCAUAGUAGCGAUGAUUCGGAUGACCCAGAUGAUAGAGAUUACGUGGAAAGCCGUACCAAAUCGCAGCGACGAAAAACCUUUUCGCGGCCCGCGAAACAAGCAAGGCGAAGCGUGACUCGCGUUGCGCCUGCUCGCGCUAUAUACAACGAGUCUUUACCCUUGUCAAAUGCGGAUGCUGGUGAUUCCGAAACAUCGGAAGAACAGGAAUUCCCAACGAGCCUGCGAGACACUGAAACAAUCGCAGUGAGUGGCUUCCUAACACGACAAAUCCUUCUAUCGAGAGUUGUAUACUCGUUCACAUUCGAAGAACAACGAGAACAAAGUUGCUCUAACGAACGGACCAAAGGUCCAAGAUCCGGCGAUAAGGAGGUCCAUGAAGAAUCCUUUAAGAAGAGCAAGGCCCGGGAACCAAAAGCAAACAAUACGUCAACGAAAGCACGCGUUUUGAGUGAGGAUGACCUACUUUUGAUUGAGCUGAAAGAGGAAGGAGACAUGUCGUGGAAUCAAAUUGCACAACACUUUCCUGGAAGAUCAAAAGGCGCCCUUCAAGUACGUUACUGCACACGGCUCAAAAAUAGAACAGAGGGUGGCUCUGGGCAGACGAGGAGUACGCAGAAACGGUCAGCGGCUAGACGUAAGUCUUUCACGACGUCUUGCCCCGUGCCUCAAUUGCGAUUCAUGGAUAGUGAAAGUCCCGAUCCCAACAACCUGUCAAGACAAAGAUACGGCCCACCUCGGGCCAGACGGGCAGUUGACCGCUAUUCCCCUAUCUAA